AUGCUCCGUGCAAGAAAAGAGCAGAAGCUGGAGACGUCGUUUCGGCAGGUUCAGGCUGCACCGAAGGCCGAACAGGUCGAAUUUGAUGCAGAGCAGGUAGAGUCGGAGGAGCAGGAGGAACCCCCAACUCCGACACCUCGCUCGAAAUGCCCAACAGGGCACGAGCUGGCGGCUUUCGAAACUCCCGAAGAUGGAUUUCUUUGUUCCUUGUGCGACUGCGAGUUUCCAAGCAACACGACUUUGUACGGUUGCCGCCCAUGCGACUAUGAUCUCUGUCGCGACUGUCUAACCAGUGUGGCGGUGCAUUCCACCGGUUACAAGGAGUUUGUGGCAAUGUUUCCCGAGCUCCAGGGCUUCCGGGAGACGGCCAGAUCAGGCGAAUCUGUGCUGGAAGGAGAGGCAGAUGUCUCCGAGCGGACUUCCGAGACAGAUUCGUUCGCCUCGCAACAAGUCUUUGCAGAGGAAGCGCAGGCUGGAAUUGAAGAAGAGGAUGGUUGCUUGUUCUGGCAAGUCCUGCUCAAAAAGGAAGGCGAGCAGGACAAGUUUGGGUUUGCUCAGGCUAAUGGCAAGAUGGAGUUCGAAAUCCGCUUGGAAGGCAAGUCAUUUGAGUCAGGCAAGCGCUCGCGCUUGCCUGGGCCGGACAUGUUGGUUGUGAAGAGGAUAUAUCCUGAUGGGCUGCUGCAGAAGUGGAAUGCACGCGUUCCGCAGCUGGAGGUGCGUGCACAGGACCGAAUAUUGGCAGUCAAUGACCAGACAGACGUCGAGGCCAUGGCCAAGGAGAUUCACGCGCCACGCAUCUUCCUCCAAAUGGUGAGGUUUCCAGAUCGGUUCAUCAUCGGACUGAGCAAGGAGAAUGGAAGCAAGCUCGGAUUCCGCUUCGAGCGGCCGCAGGGCACAUUUGCAGAAGAAGUUCGCAUUACAGAGGCUCUGUUCUGGGUUUCUUGGGUAUGCUUCCUGCUGUGA